GCAAAUCCAGGUCACACAAGACACAGCCUUGUCUCUCUGUUGCUUUGUGGUUAUUAGCAGGCCUGUUAGUGUGCUUGCUAUGCAUCUCAUAGAACUGGAUCAAGAGAGCUUGCUACACCUCUUUUCAUACCUAGACAAGGAUAGUCGUCGCAGCCUGUCCUUAACAUGUGUACGGCUAAGACAGGUCUUCCUAGACCCUCAACUGUGGACACUACUUCACUUUGGGUCUCCAUGCGAGCUGAGGAGGGACAACUUUGUUUUGGGAUCUUCACUAAGGUACCUGGCUGUAUGUUGGCACUCAAGCAGGGUCAAAGUGUGCAACAUUGAGCACUGGAUGAAAACCACAUCAAAAGACCUCUGUAGCAAGCAUGAGAGCCUUGUCAGUGACUUCCUGGAGCGUGUUUGCAACAUGUGUCCAAAUCUGAUCUCACUGACUCUGUCUGGAUGCGGGCACAUAAUGGACAACAAUGUCAUCAAAGUGCUACAUAGCUGCAGAAGGCUACGUAGCCUUAGUCUAGAAAACUGUGCUCGGAUGACAGACUCUGUUCUCAAGGCUGCGGUGGACCAUGGCCACUAUCUCACAGAGGUGAAAGUGGACUUUUGUCGCAACGUGACCCAGGCCGGGUUGCAGGAGCUAAGAAAAAGGAGACCAGAAGUACAUCUGAGUGCAUUACACAGUGCGGAUAUGAUUCCAGAUUGUAAGCCUGAGGAGAAAACACAUAUCAGGAGAGCUCUGCAGAAGUUCUUAAUCUCCUGACUGACCCUUGUGACUUCAUGUCAGGCUGAUAUUCUGACUAUUUUCUAAUUCUGUUAUACAUUUUUUCCAUUACUUUUGUGAUUUCUUAUUUUGUAUUUUCAAAGGUUUUCAUGACAUGCACAUUUUAUUGCUAAAAUUUUUUAUUUGAUUAGUUUCCUCUUUUCACCCACCCUCUUUUGUACCUUCACUUUCAUAGAUUGUUUUUACAUUUCUUUGUUUGCCCAUUUGACUGCAUAAAAUGACUCACUAGUAAAAGUGUUUGAUAUGCAGGGCAUUAGCCCAUUUUGUGUUUUCAAAGGUUUUCAUGACAUGCACAUUUUAUUGCAAAAUUUUUUUUAUUUGAUUAGUUUCCUCUUUUCACCCACCCUCUUUUGUACCUUCACUUUUAUAGAUUGUUUUUUAAAAUUCUUUGUUUGCCCAUUUGACUGCAUAAAAUGACUCACUAGUGGGCAUUAGCCCAGUCCAAAUAUUUUAGUGAAAUCUAGUGUUUCAAUAAUAAAACAUUAGCAAAUUGUGAAUGGUUGUAUUUUUUAAAAGAACAAUAUGUUUUAGUUACAUAAUCUAGUUUUUUUCUGGAACAGCUCAUAGUCAUUUAUUCACAAUGUGGGUUUUGGAAUUCCUACUAGAAUAUUUAGAAAAUAUUUAUUAGAAUACAUAAAAAUAUAUAUGUGUUUGGGUGCUCCAGUUUCCAUCACAAUCUCGACAUGUGGUAUAGGUGAAUUGAUUAAACUAAAUUGGCUGUAGUGUGUAAAUGAGAGAGUUUAAGGAUGUUUCGGGUUGGGGUUGGAAGGGAAUCUGCCACAUAAAACAUAUUACAUGAAAUAAGUACAUGCAAUUAAAAAAAUUAGUUAAUUCGUCCAACGUAUAUUGUAAAAAAAGCAAUAUAUAGCAUGGUCUUGACUGCUUUAUUGCUUCUAUAAAACCAAAUUUUAUUAAGCCAAUUAUUUAACCACCUUGCAAUGUAAAAGAAUUACAAUACUGGGUUUGUGGGUCAACACAGCAUUUCAGUCAUUUGACACACGCACAUCCCGUGAUGUUCAACGGAAAAGUUUUUAAGCAUUUCCUAUAUAUAUUUUAUUUAUUUUUUUUUUCUGAACAAAGUUUUUUCUUUUUUCUUUUAGUUUUUUCUUUUUUCUUUUAGUUUGGGUGAAAUAAAAGUUGGCCAGUGUCUUUUUUCACAUGGUCAUGAUAUUUUGCUUUGUAAUUGCAGUGAAAGUAGAUGUUCUUGACUCUCUUUGUCCUUUUUCUGCUUCUUUGACCUUGUUCAAAUGUAUUUUUUCAAACAAAUAAAUACAGUUUUCUUAACCACCAGGGCAUCAUCAAAGCUGUAUGAAGAACAACUGCACAUUCUGCCUUUAGUCUAUAAUAAUAAUGAAAAUACAUUUAGAAAAACAAAAUCACUUGUAAUAAGACUUAACAGAAAGCAUGUGUUUAAGUCAUUUCUUUGUUCUCCACAGGAUGUUCCUUGCAAUGGACUGCAGUGCAGUGGUAGAAAUAAUAUUGGGACUUCCCCAUUCCUGUUAUCUGAAUAUAUAACAGGAAUUAUAUUCAUAUUUCCAACUUAUGCUCUCUUAGAAAGUAAAUUUUGUACCCAUCAAGAUACCUACAGUAAAUGUAUAAAACCUGUUAGGAAAAACAAGUAAUGCCUUUAAUUAUAAAAUCACUUUUAAUUAUUGACUCUAUGCGUUAUAACUGCAGAAAAAGUAUUUUCAUGUUACGUGUUUAUGUGGUUAUAAAGGGUGAGUCAUAACGUAAAGGGAGUUUGCUGGUGCUGGACGAAAAUAAAAGAAACUCAACGCAAUCUCACGGCAAUUCAUAACUUUUUAAUUUAGUGGCUAAUUCGUAUGAAUUCGUAUGAUCUAAUUCGUACAAUUUAGUACGAUUUGCUCCUCCCCCAAUGACGGUUGGGAUUAAGGGUGGGAUUGGGUGCCACACCUCCUUUUUAAAAUCGUACAAUUUCAUACGACUGAACUCGUACAAAUUCAUAUGAAUUAACCACUAAACUGACAAAACGUAAAAUACUUACUAUUUUCUUAUGAGAUCAGGCUGGAGAAACCAUGACAAAGUCUACAUGAAACAAUGAAUAGCGAUAUAUUAAACAAUGAUAUUAAACAGCGAAUAGAGGAAUUUAGAAUGU